AUGUGUGGUAGUGCACGGAAUGGGAUUGCUGGAUUCCGACGUUUUCUGCAUAAAGUAGAGGACAACGAGGGCUUCGCCCCCGCCCUAGAGCUUAGCGGAGAAGACAAUAUUGGAAAAGCGAAAGGACUCGAAGCCAUGAAGCUAAACGACAUUCUUAAACUGAAAUUCAAGGGCGACAAAUACCGAACAGGGAGCAUCAACAACUGGAUUGAUGGAAAAGGCCAUGGUCCGGUAUCUGGAAGUGUCCGCAGUCAGCUUCAGUCUUACAUUACGGGGCCUACCGUCCAAAAGGAGAUUGCAGACCAAAAUUUCCGUGCCUUUGCGGUGGUGAUUGUUGGAUCACGCCAGAUACUUGUGAGGGAGAUGGAUAGGCAUGGCAAGUGGGUCAGCAGGAAUCACCUUGAUAAGAUGGCAGGGCCGGGGUCCAAAAGGAGACACUAG